CGUGACACGAAAACCGACGAUUGGCCGAUUUUUCCUUUCUUGCCGCGGUCGAGCAGCGAAGUUGUGACAGGGAUCGGUGGUGGCGUGUUUACCAUACGUGUUGAAUAUACUCGUUUGCUGGUUGGUCGGAUUUUAUGCGCCUUGAAUCCAACCACGGCGAACGGUACACCCGAGUCCUUGAGUGCAAUAAAGCUAGCUGGUAAAAACAAUGUCAAGAAAUUGCAUACGCUACUGUCAAUAGUGGAAGAGAAACCGAAGGUGGAUACAGGACAGAAUAAUAGACACAACGAGCACCACAUCAAAAACCAUUUCAAGCACAACCAUUAUACACACAAUUCCAUACUGACACCUUCAACGCUCAACCAGGGCCUAGAUGCAGGUACAAGCGACGAUAGUGGUAGAGCAUCUGAACAACUGCAUGGCCCUGGUAUACCUAGGGAUUGCCAGGACGCAGACAGUUCCAGGGACCACCUCAGCGAUGCUAGCAGUCAUUGCAGCUCGGGUAAAGGUUAUAUCUGUGAUAGUGAAGGAGAAGACGAUAAGGGCUCGGAUGCUGAAUCGAUACUCUUUGAAUCUUCUACCCCACCACCCCUUGCACGUAAAUACGAGUUGCCAUCGUCUUCACCACACGUAUUGCCUCCAGCAAACGGGGCAGGAGGUUCACCACCGGACACUGGUGGACAAAUUUCUAAUCCAGCAACGGAUGCUCCGGCACCUAUACCACCUCCUGUGCCUGCGUCAGCACCAGUUCCAACAGCGCCAAGUCCUCCCAGUCCUACUCUACCCCCUCACAUAUCCCAGCCACCUAUGACUAGUCCGUUGGCAGCAAAUCCACGUGCAAUAGCUCCGCAACAGCGGCCAGCUUCCCCAGCUCUGCCACCUCCUUCCUUGUCCCAGCAGCCUCACACUACGAUACCUGCGUUACAUACACCUAAUGUGCCCCUCGUUUCGUCGAGUCAUACAACUAGUCCCGCGGGAGCCAGUUUAGGUGUCACCCCAGCAGCACCAUCAAACGGGGCGACAACUACCAGCUAUCCACCGUCGAUACCCAUGGCUGCUUAUCCUCAAACGCAACCAUCUUACCCGCCCCUUUAUACGCCGUAUACUGCUCUAAAUCACAGUCCAUACCUUCCACCUGCGGUACCAUCUCCUUCCCAUUCUGCUUCUUCACGGGCAGAAGUGAGAGGAAGUAGAGCCUCCCCGUGCACCAACAUAAGUAAACAGCCUGUAGGAAAUAAUACUACGAAUCACAAUACUCCGCUAAGCGCCGCCACUACGACAUGCGUGUCCACGAUAACUAAUACAGUUACCACAGCGAACACCAUCGCUCACAGAGAUAUGGUAGCCUGUAGUUUAACUGGAAGGAAUAAUAACUCGCCCCGUGGACACAGUCCGAGCCGAGAAAGGGAUAGCUACAGCAGUAACGUGAGUAGCCUAAGUCGAGGUAGUAUAACGCCCGUAAGUGUGCCAAACACGUCUUCUCCAGCCAAUUCUAGUCUACCUGCGUAUUCCAAGCCACAAGGAUGGAUUGGUAGCAACACAACUUCGCAAUUAUCUCCGGCAACAGCAACAUCAGUUCCAAGGCCAACUCCACCACCCGUGCCACUGGGCAUGCACACGUUUCCACCGCCAAUGUUUGCAGCACCACUACCACCUCCUGUGUCCAGUUCGAGUCCACACACAUCACUGCCUUCGUUACCACCGCCAACGACCAAUCCCAACCCAUUCUCCGCCGAAUCACUUUUCCAAACAAGUCAGGCCGACAUGCUAAGGCGAGAGCUUGACAAUAGAUUCUUGGCAUCCCAAGACCGAAACGUUGGAGUCGGAGUCGGCAACCUGGGGCCACCCCCAUACCUCAGGACAGAGAUGCACCAUCAUCAGCAUCAGCACACUCAUGUACAUCAACACACGACGCCUCUACUUCCACCGACUGCAGCGACCACCCUCUUUCCAGCUCCCAUCUUCAAGGAUAUUCCAAAACUGGGAGGUGUUGAGUCUCCUUUUUUUCGUGGUAAUUUAAAUCUGUCUGGAUAUUCUGGUUUUAAUGCCGGCCUUCUGCAUCCGGGCAUCGGACCGCCUUCGACUCCUUUCGUACCACCGAAUCAUUUAACAUCGUUCGCACCAAAGAAGACUGGAAAAUGGAACGCAAUGCACGUACGCAUCGCUUGGGAAAUUUAUCAUCAUCAACAAAAGCAGCAGGCGGAAGCUAAGGCGGGAGGUGUCGUUAAUACUAAAACGGAACUGCUGAGACCACCGGGUCAUCUUUAUCCAGGUGGACCAGCAGGUGGUCUCGGAAUUGGUGCACCUCCGAUGGCGCCUCCGUUCCCCACUAACAUGCAGCAGGCACAUCCUGCGCCACCUCCACCUCAUCCAGUUGGUUUUCUGUCUACGCCAGCGUCACAUUUAGGAACAGGAAUGUCACCGUUUGGAAGGUACCCAUCCACGUACGGCGCGCCAAAUCCGAAUUUCCCUGGUCUUUCUAGUUUUCCACCAUCGAGAGAAAUGCCACCGUUGGGUGGGCUAGGUUCUGUACACGAUCCGUGGAGAGGGUACGUUUCAAUUUCAAAAAGAUUGCAACGAGCGUCCACUGGGUUCCCACCCACCACUGUUGCAUGGAGCCUGAAACCAGAACCGCCUGCUAUCGAUAGACGAGCGGAACUCGAGGAACGUGAACGAGAACGCGAACGGGAACGAGAACGGGAACGCGAGCGUGAACGUGAGCGGGAACGAGAACGCGAACGUAUCAGACGUGAGAAGGAGAGGGAACGGGAGGAGCAGCGCGAGCGAGAAAGACGAGAACGAGAGAAAGAAGAGAAAAGGAAACAGCAGGAAGCUGCUGAGAGGGAAAGGGACAGAAGGGAUAAAGAACGUCGUGAAAUGGAGAGACGCGAAAUGGAGCGCGAGAGAUUGCUUCAUCAAAAUCGACAGCAUGUGGUGGUAGGUCGAGAACGAUCACCGUUGAGAAAUGGAACGGUGACUAUGGACGGUGGCGAGGUGCGUGUCAAAGAGGAACCCCGAAGCAAAGACGACGAAGUCGUGAUGCUUCCAAGACCACCGGGUCCUGGCCCAGGUGGUCAAUCCGCAACAGGGCCUGGACCGAGUCCACUACCCGAUACCAGGUAUCAUCACCCCCAUCCUCAUUCGUAUCUCGCGAGGCAUCCUCACGGGAUGCCGCAUUCCAUGCCGCGAAGUAUGCUCCCUGGAUUAGGUGGACAUCCCAUGCAACAUUUCCCACCACCUUCGGCGCCUGCAGGUCAACCUGGGGGUCCUUGGCCCGGGGAUCCAUUCAGAGAUUAUCGCUACGAUCCUUUGCAACAACUGCGUUACAAUCCCCUGAUAGCUGCUGCUGCGUUUCGCGCAGAGGAAGAGGAGAGGGCCAAGCUUUACGCUGGCUACCCACCACCACCUGUGAAUGCUCUGAGAAGCAAGGAUCCCAGUCCUGGCCCCCUUAGCAAUUUACACAUGCAUCACAGAGCGGGACCAGGACCAGGAGUGCCAACACGACAAUUGGACCCUUCUUUAAUGCACGCAGAUAUACACAAGAAAGAGGAUGCGUCCCAAUCCCGAUGAUACAUCCUCCCAGCGUCCUCGGCUUCUGCGAGCGAACGCACCAAAGGGUCAGCAGUCUGAGCACUAGCGCAUACCCACACCCUCACCCCCCCACGGUGCUGAUAUUUUGCUAACGGAGGAGAGGCGUUAUUUAAAAGAAAUUGUACAUAGAUUAUAUAAUAUUUAUAGUUAUCGAUGGGGAAGUGCGAAAUGAAGAAACCGUGUUAGAACUUUCAAUUAUAUAUGGAACGCACUCCGUAUGACGAUCAUUAACAAAGAUGCCUUGACUCGCGAUCCGUAGGGUCAAAAGACGGAUAACUUUUACGCGUUUACCGUAACGUCGAUAUUGCGCCAAGGCAUCGGUAUGAAAAAAAAAAAGGGAAAUGUGUUGUCACGAAACGGAAUGAAA